UGCUGAGCUGAAAAUCAGCCACCGCCCAGCAUGCCGGUGAGCGUUUUGGCGUUCCAGACCAUCGGGCCGCCGAUAUUCCGGUCGCAGCUCCCCCAGCCAAUCACCAUCAGCCUUGGCAGCAAGGAAGCGAAUUGGAGACGUGUCCAGCUGUGGUUUCUACAGUAAGACGUUGAUAUUGAUGCCAUCAAACCGGUGCUUUCACAUGCGCCGUUGCCCGCCACGCCUUGCACAGGACUUGGUUGAGGCCGAAUCGUGAUUUCGACACUGCGCACGCCUCCAUUGGAUCGAAUUGAGCUGUUGGAGUGCCGCGGGUCGACAAGCUGCAGCUUCCGUGGAAUGAGGUAGCCUUCAACAAGCCGUAGCUCGCCAUCUGCCCGUGGGCUUCGAUCUUUUCUUUUGCUCGCUUUCUUGCUUUGUCUCGGCCACUUGAAUGCCAAUUUCGACCUUUUAAACAAUAGACAUCUCUCACAGAAUCACGAAUAUCCACAAUGGACGGCUUCGAGAAGUCGAGCCUGAAUGAGGAUGACUUUGGCGCAAAGGGUGGCAUUGUCAGCGCCUUUGAUGCAUUCCCCAAAUCAAAACCUCAGUAUGUGACAAAGACAUCAGGUGGCGGCAAAUGGACCGUUGCCAUGCUCUUCAUCUCCUGCAUCUUCCUGUGGACCGAGAUAGGCCAAUGGUGGCGCGGAGCCGAGCAUCACACGUUUGCCGUUGAAAAGGGCAUCGGGCACGACAUGCAGGUCAACCUCGACAUUGUCGUCAAGAUGGACUGCAACGACCUCCACGUCAACGUCCAGGACGCAUCGGGCGAUCGCAUUCUUGCUGGAGACAAGCUGAAGCGCGAUGCCACGACCUGGCACCAGUGGGUUGACGCACAGGGCAUGCACAGGCUCGGAAAGAGUGAGAAUGGCAAGCUGGACACUGGUGAGGGCUGGCACGGCGCCCACGAUGAGGGCUUUGGCGAGGAGCAUGUGCACGACAUUGUGGCUCUCAGCCGGAAGAAGGCCAAGUGGGCAAAGACGCCGUCGCCAAAGGGCAGGCCGGAUAGCUGCCGCAUGUAUGGCAGCCUGGACUUGAACAGGGUGCAGGGCGACUUUCACAUUACGGCCAGAGGCCAUGGUUAUGGUGGCCAGCACUUGGACCAUGACAAGUUCAACUUCUCUCACAUCAUCUCGGAAAUGUCCUACGGCCCCUUUUAUCCAUCGCUGGUCAACCCCCUCGACCGCACCGUCAACCCCGCCAUUGUUCACUUCCACAAGUUCCAGUACUUCCUCUCCGUCGUCCCCACCGUCUACCUCACCAGCAACAGGGUCGUCAACACCAACCAGUACGCCGUCACGGAGCAGAGCAAGGUCAUCUCGGACCACCAAGUCCCCGGCAUCUUCUUCAAGUACGACAUCGAGCCCAUCAUGCUGAGCGUCGCGGAGACCCGCCAUGGCUUCUUUAGCUUUUUGGUCAAGAUUGUCAACAUCUUCAGCGGCGUCAUGGUGGCUGGCCACUGGGGGUUUACGCUGAGCGACUGGGUGCGCGAGGUCAUUGGCAAGAGGCGGCGCAGCAACGGCGGUAUCGGCGUUUUGGGCAACAAGCACGGAUACGAUGAGUAAGUAGAUGGAUGCCGUUGGCUGUGGUGUAUAUGGAUGGAAUGGAUACAAUAACCUCAGAUUGGGUCAAAACGAGGCGUAGCUGGUGCAUGGUCUUUCUUGUUUGGGGCAUCUCGAUUGGUUUCUUCAUUUAACAUGUGAUAAUUUGGGCAGUUUUGAGAGAGGCUGUGAACCGAGUAUAGCAAAGUCGUAACAUAGCAGCAUACCUUACAUACAGACAUAGAAAUCGGAUAUUCAGAAUUCUUCAC